CUUUAAAGAGGGAACAAAGUUUGACAGUGGUAUUUCGCGAUUUGUCUACCAAAAUUGCAAACCAUAGCUAUAUAAAACAUUUUAUCAUAACCUCUUAGUAUCAUCGAAGUGAAAUUUAUGAAUUAUUUCAGAUUACCUUUUUAUAUUGAAGACCAACUUUAGUGGUUUAACUCAUAGGUAAUAAUACCAGGUAAUCCUUAUAAAAUGAAUACACAAAACCAAUAAAAUGAAGUUGAGAACGAAACUUAUAAUUUGUGUUGGGCUUUCUGUGACAGCCUUGAUAUCUAAGAUGAUUGCCAUUGCUAGCCCUGGAUGGGUAAUUGUUCGUAGAGAUGUGUUGUUUAAUCCGAACGACGACUUCAUGGAAAGAAGUAGUCUUUAUUAUGAAUACUCACUGGAAAGAAAUAAACAAGGAAGAGUAACAAUUUCCUUUGGUGUGUGGUACUACAUGGUAUGUAGAUGUGACGGAUAUGAAGGAGGCACCCAAAGAAGUGAUGAAUAUAGAAAUGAUGAAAUACCAUUUCAAAUAGAAGAGGAAUCAAACCAUGAGGACAAAGACGAUAAUCAGAGAAGACGUCGUCAUUAUUUAAAACACAAAUGCUAUUUCAGAAGUUAUCAUUUUGACAGGAUUCCUCUGGGGUUUCAGUCGGCAUCCGAAUUCAUAACUUCAUUCGUUGAGACUGCUCGUCAUGCUAGUCAAGAGGUUCAGUAUUGCAUCACUAUUGGUCUUCUCUUUGGAGUGUUCGGAUUGAUUUUGUCAGUCUUUUAUGCAAGAAGUUGUGGAAGAAAUAGACGUUACGGACGAAUGGCAUGUUGUAGUGAGAUACUAUCUGCAUUUUUCUUCUGGAUGACAAUUAUCAGACUUGUCUCAUAUUAUAUACUACUUCAGGAGAAGAUACAGAAGCAUGUCAUAUUGGAUCUUGAAGGGCUUGAUAAAGUCAAUUUUAUAUAUCCGUGGAGUCUUUGUGUAGCAGCAGUUGGAGCCUGCAUUAAGGGACUAAGUUCUCUGUUCCAUAUGUUGUUGAUUUCCAGAGAAAAGAAAUUCCAAAACUUUGAAUGUUCAUUGUUUUCUCACAAGGAUAAGUUGCCCUCCAUUGUCCACAAUGGAUACGAGCAGCUUGUUACACAGAAUACUUGCGAGGACACAGAAUCGAAACAUGGGAAUAAAUCUAUCUUUAAAACUUGA